CGCCCUGCGUCCCAUGGAUAUAGCAACAGGUCCCGAGUCGCUGGAGAGGUGCUUCCCUCGCGGGCAGACGGACUGCGCCAAGAUGUUGGACGGCAUCAAGAUGGAGGAGCAUGCCCUGCGCCCCGGGCCCGCCACCCUGGGGGUGCUGCUGGGCUCCGACUGCCCGCAUCCCGCCGUCUGCGAGGGCUGCCAGCGGCCCAUCUCCGACCGUUUCCUGAUGCGAGUCAACGAGUCGUCCUGGCACGAGGAGUGUUUGCAGUGCGCGGCAUGUCAGCAAGCCCUCACCACCAGCUGCUACUUCCGGGAUCGGAAACUGUACUGCAAACAAGACUACCAACAGCUCUUCGCGGCAAAAUGCAGCGGCUGCAUGGAGAAGAUCGCGCCUACCGAGUUUGUGAUGCGGGCGCUCGAGUGUGUGUACCACUUGGGCUGCUUCUGCUGCUGCGUGUGCGAGAGGCAGCUGCGGAAGGGGGAUGAGUUCGUGCUCAAGGAGGGCCAGCUGCUGUGUAAGGGCGACUACGAGAAGGAGAAGGAUCUUCUCAGUUCCGUGAGCCCCGACGAGUCUGACUCUGUGAAGAGUGAGGACGAAGAUGGAGACAUGAAGCCGGCAAAGGGGCAAGGUAGCCAGAGUAAGGGCAGUGGAGACGAUGGGAAGGACCCGAGAAGGCCCAAACGGCCCCGGACCAUCCUCACCACGCAGCAGCGAAGAGCCUUCAAGGCUUCUUUUGAGGUCUCCUCCAAGCCCUGUCGGAAGGUCCGAGAGACACUGGCGGCAGAGACAGGUCUCAGCGUGCGUGUGGUCCAGGUCUGGUUUCAGAACCAAAGAGCAAAGAUGAAGAAGCUGGCCCGGAGGCACCAGCAACAGCAGGAACAGCAGAACUCCCAGCGGCUGGGCCAAGAGGUCCUGUCAAGCCGCAUGGAGGGCAUGAUGGCCUCCUACACGCCACUGGCCCCUCCGCAGCAACAGAUCGUGGCCAUGGAGCAGAGCCCCUACGGAAGCAGCGACCCCUUCCAACAGGGCCUCACGCCGCCCCAAAUGCCAGGGAACGACUCCAUCUUCCACGAUAUCGAUAGCGAUACCUCCCUCACCAGCCUCAGCGACUGCUUCCUCGGAUCCUCGGACGUGGGCUCCCUGCAGGCCCGCGUGGGGAACCCCAUCGACCGGCUCUACUCCAUGCAGAGCUCCUACUUUGCCUCCUGAGGGCCAGCCGGGCCGCAUGGACGCUUGGGCCUGGGCCUAGGGUGGGACCACAGGCCUCUGCAGCCAGCCGGCCCCCCAGCCCACCACCCGCUCAGACUCUACAGACAGCCAUACGGUGCCCUCCCCGCGGCCAGCCGGACCUGGCUCAAGUGCCCACUGGGCGCAGCCAGACAGGCAGAUGGGUGCAGCCUGGGCAGGGACUGUGUCCUGCCCACAGAGACCGUGUGACCCCUGGGGACCCAGAGCUCUUGGACAGCCACUUGCCUCCCAGCCCCUGACUCCGUCACCGUCUUUCCCCUCCCCACCUCUUUUUUUGGGAAGCUUAUAUUUGUUCUAUUUUUUUUUUUUUAAACAUUCUCUCUGUUUCCAGCCAAGCUCCAUUGUCCCUGCAAGUCCAGCCCUGGGACAGUGCCUGGUACCCGAGAAACGGUUAUACGGGUGUCCUGCGCAGGUGACCACUUCCCCUUCUGGUCAGCGCAGGGGAUGGUUUCUGGGUCCAAGAGGCCCAGGGUCACUGUCCCCAGCCCUAGGCUGGGGCAGAGUAGAGGAGGAACCGAGCAGGGGUGACAAGCUCUCUGGCCCUGCCUGGACUAGGAGUCCCAAGUAAGAGGAGGGAUGUGGGCAGAGCCCAGAGACCCAAAGGGACAGAGAUGCAUAUGUAAAGGCACACCUGUGCAAACAUGCAUACACACCUGGGUGCACACACACGCACACAGACGUGGAAGAGGUGGACAGACGCUCUGCAGCCUAGCGACAGUGAGGUCAGUGGGCAGGGCCUGUCUCUGAGAGCAGCUGGAGAGAACGGAAGGAGGGAGUGUCAGGUGUGACUCGGUGGGCCGUAUCCCAGGCUCUGUACAGGCAGGGCAGGGGGGCAGUCACAGACCCAGGUCCCAGGCCAGAGAUGGAGCCCGCAGAACCAGGUAGAAUCGGGCCACGGCAGAUGAUCCAGAUGGAAAGGACCUCAAGAGUCACCGGCUUGACACCGUCUGGUACUUAGUUCCCUUGGCCCUUGUUCUUGGACAGGGCAGCUGCCCUUCUUGUGGCCCCUCCUGACCCUUAGUCUCCUUAGCAGACAGGCUGUACACGGGCAGGUACUGUACUCCUCUGCGGGGUGGCACUGGGUGACCAAGCUUCCCUCCUGACAUUAGCCAGCUCACACCAAACAGGCCCCUCCCCUCCCCUGCUUUCCACCUUACCUCUGCUAAUGUGGCCCGAGAUCCAGCAGGUGGUUCAGGUCUUUGGAAACCCACCCAUAUCAUUGUGUAAUGAGCCUCUGGGCCUCGCACUGGUACAGUGACAUGCCACAACUCCUCAACAUGUGCAGAUGGGAGGCUGACUGCUCAGAGCCCAGGGAGGACCCUGGCCUGUACCUAGUUACCUGACCUUCCGUUGCCUCAGUCAGCUCGGGGCAUUACUCUGAACCCACUGUAUUCUCUCCCUCUGUCUCAGCUGGCUGAGAGGUCAGCCCUAUGGGGCUCCCUGCAGGACCCCUGCACAGUGUAGAGCCCCCCAGCAUUUCAGCCUCCUGUGUCAGUCCAGCCCGGAGUCCCCUGGACUCUUCCUGCCCAAAGCAGAAGCAAUAGUGGGUCUUUCCUUGGCAACCUCCACUGGCCCCCGACAGGCACUGGGUCCUGGGCCAGACGCCCAGGAUGCUGUCACUCAUUUAAUGCUGAAUCCUAACCCCCGACAUACAUCCUGAUGUGUGCCGAGCUCUAGCCGUGGGCUCAUAAGGAUGAGUGUCUCUCUCUCUUUCCACUUUGGGCUCCUGUGUCUGGCUAGUCAGUUGUGUGGGUUUGUUCUCUGUCUCUGGAGAGACCUCAAACCCCCUUAACCCCCUGAGAUGUCACAAGAUGGAGUCAGCGGGGAAGAGCAGCUGCCAACACAGCCUUCCUGUGUCCCUUUUCAUAAAGAGAACAUCGCUGAUUUCCAUGCUGAAGCUAGGGUCCUGGACCAGUUGCUUUCCUGGGAUUCACCCUUCCCCCGUCUGGCACAGGCCCCUGGCUGAAUUGUACAGGGCAUAUUUGGGGCAGACCCAGGGUGGGUACCGGCUCCAGGGAGACCUGGCCUUCUCUUAACCAUGUUUUAAGUUGGAAGACACAAUACCAAUGGGCUGUGUAGGUCACCCUUCUGUGGCAGCGGAAACCUGAGACAGGAGAGGGCCAGGGAUGUGCUCCAGGCCUCGCAGCCCGGCGGUGACAGAACUGCAUCGGGACGGGAUAACAGGAGUGUCCCCAUCUUCCUUAUCUCCCGAAAGGCCCCCACCCAGGACCAGUGUGCCUCACAGCAGCUGCUGGUCCCUAAGGGUCCUCCCUUCCUACUCCGGGGCCUCCAGACUCCCAGUCCUGCCCUGGCCUCUGCUGUCCCCAUGCUGCUGUCCCCAGGCAGAAGAUGUUACCAGGACACUUCUAAGUUACCAGAGGAGGGACCUCAGCCAUCAGGCUGGAGAUGCCCUGGCAGCCAGCCGUUCUCAGGAUUCCUUCACCAUGGCUGUGGCCUGCUGCCCUGCUGAGACACGGGCGCCCACGCCGGCCCUGGACUGCUGCAGGGACUCAGGCUUCUGUCCUGUGAGCAGAGGUGGCCUUUGACCCAGCCCUGCCCAGACCUUGUUAAAGACCCCACUCAGGCUGGGGAGCUGAGGCUGACAGAGGGGUAUGGGGCUGGGAGGGCUAGCCUUCAGCCUGAAGGAGCAGAGGGAUGUGGGAGUAAGAGGCAGAAAUUGAGAGAUGGGUAGGGGUAUCUCAGAGACUAACAGAGUCCCACCUCCUGCCUGGGGAUGUGGCAUGUUGAGGCUCAGGCAGAGGAAGGAGCCUGCCCAGGUGUCACACAGGAGGGACAGUACCCCGGCUUUGUCCCAGCCACAGCCCUCUGCGGGCUCAUUCCAUGAGGCUUCCCCAUACUCUGCUGCCCUCAGAGACUCACAAGAGGCCACACACGGGCACCACAGCAGUGUGAGGGUCAGACCAAGGGGCAGUGCAGGCAGCCUGCUGUCGUGGAGGCUUCCUGGAGGGGGUGUGGACGGUGAGGAACUGCCACAACAUGAGUAGGUCCAGCAGAGAGGCGGUCUCUCCUUUAGGGACAUCCCUUUGAAGUGAGGCCACCACCCCAGUUUACCUGGAUGUCCCCCCUGCUCAGUCAGGGAACACAGGGAAGAUGAACUCAGCUCUGAGCACCCUUAGGGCCAGGGGGAUGCCGCAGCCCAGGGCUGACCACUGUGGGGAAGGGCCACCACACUCACACACACGUACAUGCACACACUCACACCUGAUACAAGGAGGCUCACAUGUGGCCUGGAGCAGGGAAGCAGGAAGGACCCUUCAGCACACGGCCCUUCACAGGGGCGAUUGCCAACGGUCUCUGGGCUGCUGCCCUGCCCCGGGGUCCCACCAGAGGGGGGUUGUUGCAGCUGGCUGGGGCCAGGCCUCCCAUCGUAUUCUUCCGUUUACCUUGUACAGACUGCCCGCCUGCCAUCCCCAUACACAUUUUAUUUAAUAACUUGUCAUUGUUAAAUUAUUUAUUAGCAUUACCACAUCACCACCCCCCGCCUUCCACUCACCUGCCUCUUCCCACAAAAGCAGAAAUGGAAACAAUGAGAAAAAGAUGAGAUGUUGGUAUAUUUGUAAAUAAACAACCUGUA